AUGUCUUCCGUCGCUCGUCCCAUGCUCCGCUCGCCGGCUCUACGUGUCGCCGCCCGACGCUUCGAGAGCACCACUGCUCAGAAGGCUGCCGAGAACGCUAAGCAGGCUGCCACCAGAGCCCAAGAAGGUCUAUCGCGUGUCACAUCUACUGCUGGUCCUGCUAUUGCUGGUUACGCAAAGGGUGUUGCUAGCACUUUGGGCAAGGUCGGCGGACGAACGGGCAAGAUCAUCGGCUUCGUCGAGCGACAAGUCCCCUUCGUCGUCUACUACUCCAAGGUCGGCCUCGAGCUCGGCAAGUUUGUUUUCCACAACCAGAAGAUGAGCCCUCCUAACAUGGCCACUUUCCAAACCACCUACCAAAACCUCAUCAAGUCCAUCCAGAACCGUACCAUCAUCCAGUCUUCUCAGAACCUUGUCCAGCAGGUGCGGAAUAUCGGCCCUGCCCAGCUUGCUGCUGGCGGCGUCGUUGCGGCUGAGGUCCUCGGUUUCUUUACCGUUGGUGAGAUGAUUGGUCGAUUCAAGCUUGUCGGCUACCGCGGCGAAGUCUCUUCUCACCACUAA